AUGUCGGGCCGGUCGGUGCGGGCCGAGACCCGGAGCCGGGCGAAGGAUGAUAUCAAACGGGUGAUGGCGGCCAUCGAGAAAGUGCGCAAAUGGGAGAAGAAGUGGGUGACAGUUGGCGACACAUCCCUAAGGAUUUACAAAUGGGUACCAGUAACAGAGCCUAAAGUCGAUGAUAAAAAUAAGAAUAAGAAAAAAGGCAAAGAUGAAAAAUGCGGCUCUGAAGUGACCACUCCAGAGAACAGCUCCUCUCCAGGGAUGAUGGACAUGCAUGAUGACAAUAGCAACCAGAGUUCAAUAGCUGAUGCUUCUCCAAUAAAACAAGAAAACAGUAGUAAUUCAAGUCCAGCACCAGAACAGAACUUGGCAACACAAGCAGAUGGCACUGAAAUAAAGUCUGAUGAAACUCAGACAGAAGCAAAGGAGCAGCCUGGUUCAGAAGAUACCUCUGAUGAACAGAAUUCACAGUCUUCGAUGGAAAAUUCCAUGAAUAGUUCAGAGAAAGCAGAAAUUCAGUCCUCUGGAGAAAAUGAUAUAAUUACAGAGGCAUCUAAAAACUCUCAGGACUCUGAAGGAGUGCCACCUUCUAAAAAGAUGAAAGUAGAGGCUUCCCAACAAAAUGUUGAAGAGAUUUAGACUAUAGAUUUUUCUGGUCAGUUUUUAUGUAAGGUACAUCAGUGGGCUUAAUUAUAGAACAACCUUACUUAAGCAUCUUCUCUUGGAUGAGGACAGAACUCCUAACUUUUCAAGUUACCAAGCAAAAAUCCAAGAAAGCCUAACAAAGGUUUAACUUCUCAGACACUGAAAACUUUUUCCUGUGAAACAAACAUUGAGAACUUUUAAGUUACUGUCUCUGAAAUGGUUGGAGUAAACAACUCAGGAGGGGUCUACGCACUGUUUCUAAAGUCAAAAUUACAAUUAUGUUGCUGCUGUAUUUUUUUUUUUUUCAUUUCUCUAUUUAACAUUGUAAGAUAUUUAAGGAUGGUACAGGUCAGGUAUUAGCUUUCAUGUGAAGUUCAUUGUUCUGGCGUGAUGUCUGCUUUUGUUUUGUGCCUUGUGUUCUGAAAACAGUGCUAACUUUUAAAAAUUGUUUUGCAACUGUCUCCUUUGCAAAGUGGCCUAUGUUUGUAUAAUGCCAUGUAGUAAGGCUUUUUCUUUUUUUUUCUUUCUUGUUUGGGGUUUUUGUUUCGUUUUUAAUUUUUAAAUCCCUGGUGCUUAAAUUUUUAACAAAUAGAGAUCAAGAAGCCAUUUUCACUCUUGGAGUCCAAGGAGAAAAAGGAGCUUGAUAUUUUAUUUUAGCAGCUAUGGUGGAGAUCUUUUAUUGAAUGCAUGGCAUUCGCAACUGUAAAUUUGGUCUUCUAAAUACUUAACUUCAUCAGAAGUUCACAUGAUCUGUUUACCAUUUGUAGUCCAGAUCUGAAUAUAUACUAUAACACAACAGUUAAAAUGCUUACUUAUCAGGUCCAGAUCUCUGUACUGGGUACAACUUGCUUUACAGAAAAGUUCCACUAUGUACAUAAAUAGGAUCAAAGGGAUUGAUGCACAGUGAAUUUAUUUUCAAUUGGUCUUUUUGAUAUAUGUUUUCACUGAACUGGAUUUCAUUGUACUGUUUCUUUAUAAGAUGUUUACUUCCAUGUUCCAGGUUCAUACUGUAUUAGGGGUUUCUUUUUUUUCUUCCAGCAAGUCUUGUAAGUAAGCCUUGUUGUUUCCAUAGUCCCUACAUCAUCGUUAGAAAUGCUCCUUCUUUUCCAAUUAUGUCAAAGUGUGCUUACGCUAAACUUGAUUGAUAGGCACGAAGUACGUGCAACUCCCUUCAAAUUCCUGGCACGCAGAGGUGCAGAACCAUCUGCAUCAGGUCACAGGGGCCGGAUCUUACAGUGGGCUUUGUACCUCCAGGGUGAGCUCCCAGCGAUAAAUAACCUGGUGUCGGUGGGAACCGCUUAUUUCUCACUUCAGUACGCACGCGCGCGCGUACAUACAGAUGUACGUACAGAUGUAUUGCUGGAUCGGGCCCUUAGUCUGUCUUCACUUUGUGUGGGAGAUGGAACUUGUAAUUUAAAAUACGAUCUCACAGCUAUGAAAAUGGUUGCAUAUAGUUUGUAAGUUAAGAACUGUAAAUACUUUUUUAAAUGAAAAAAAUAUGCUUCCAGUUGAUACAUUUUCAUAAUUAGCUCUUCAUUAAGCUUAUUUAUUUCUGAAUCCUCCAAUAGUGAAAAUGGCUUGCACUUAGACUACUGCAUUGCGUUUGCAAUUACCACUUUAUUAUGAAAAACAGU